UAGACUCGCUCAUUAAGGUACAGAGAAUAUUACUGCUUAAGUGCAGAAUAAUGCCAUUUAACAGCUUUCUCCGAAAAAUGACUAAUUAUAUCUGUAAUUUAUUAUUUAUCUAUAGUUUAAUGAAAGGGAACAGGGAAGUUGGAUUAUAUUAUUUCUUGAAUAUGAUUUUUUUUUAAUGAAGUAGAAAGGAAUAUUAAAUACAAUCUUAUCUUGUGACUUGUUGUCACAAGCACCCACCGUAACCAUAGGAAUAAACAGUCUUAUCUCUCUUCAAUUUAGUGUUCAAAAUUGUUUCUAGCCUUGUUGGCACUUUUUUUUUUUUCAAGAAAUUCCUUUUUUCUCAAGAAACCCAUUGUUUGCUCAAGAAUCCAAGGUCAAGCAAGAAGUUUACUUUUCUUGCAUUGGCUAAUGUGCAUAGCCCUUGAAAUGAUCAAAGGACAAGUCAAAUUUAUGACACAAAACCACUUUCCCCCCAAGUAAAACCCCCAGAAUGAUUCAACAGUUUGAUAGAACGCCUAACGGAAAAAUCUGUGUUAUUUCAUGCAGUAGGUCCUUAUCGACAAUCUCGCUUCUUCUUCUUUUGUCAUUAUCAAGUAUGAACUGGUCUUAUGUGGGUUUUAAAUUUCUUGGGGACAAGUAGCAUCUUAUUUUCCAUGAAAAGGCUCUACUUGUCAGGUUCUCCGAAGUUUGGUGGCAACGUAAGUUCUUGCAAAUCUCCAUCAGCAGACGGCAUAUAUGACUGAUAACAUUUUCACGAGACUUUCCAGAAACUUGUGUUUGUUCAUCGUGAAUUGCUGCUUUACACAAUGAAUUAUCUGGGCGAAUGUGAAGAUUUGAUGUGCCGGAGGGAGAAAAUGGAGAGAGGUCCACUUUUUUAUUUUCUGUUCACGUUCAUAUUACUGUCAACACGAGGCCUUCACAUGAGUGUUGAAGCAGAUUAUCUUACAAAUUCUUGUCAGUAUGAGUAUGGAAAUUACUCGACCAACAGCACGUUUGAAUCAAACCUGAAGCUCCUUCUUGAUUCACUGCCGUACAACACCGCAACAACUGGAUUCUACAACACUUCUGUCGGAGAAGGCCUUAACCGAAUUAAUGGACAAGCUCUUUGCCGAGGAGAUGCGAGUUCCACAGCGUGUGAGAGUUGUGUCAGCAAUGCAAGCCAAGGGAUCAUGAAGCUGUGCAAUGCUGUAGAUGCACUAAUUUGGUAUGAAUUAUGCCAAGUGCGAUAUUCCUUCCGAGAUUUCUUUUCAAACACGGCUUAUACCGGUAAAUACCCAGAUUCAAAUAGUCAGGACAAACUUGCAUCGGACCCAGCUGAUUACUACACCUACUUGAUGUAUCUAAUGGAGAACAUAUCCACUGAGGCUGCAUAUGUUAACUCUACUCAAAUGUUCGCAACUGGGCAAAUAAAUUAUUCUUUGAGCCAGACAAUAUAUGGGCUAGUGCAGUGUACUAGGGAUAUGUCAGGCAAUGACUGUUACAAUUGCUUGAACUCUGCCUUCGGGGACCUAAAAGCAUGCUGCCAUUUGCGGGAAGGUGGAACGGUUGUUAGCAGAAAUUGCAAUGCGAGGUAUGAGCCAUACCGCUUUUUCAAUGGCUCGAUAACCUCUGUGUUAUCUUACCCUGCUUCCACAGGAACGGGGGAUAAAUGGAAGAAAGGAAGGAUUGUCUUAAUUGUUGGUAUCCUGGGACUGCUAUUAGCUGUUCUUGCUGGAUCUUGCGCUGUCUACUUCAACUGGAGAAAAGCAAAACAAGACCUGGAAAGAAGCCCGCAUGCUGUCCUCCAUGAUUUAGUAAAUCCAGUCAGUGUGGAAAUUACUGAAGAAGGCAACCUAGUUAGCUCUGAGGAACUUCCUUUCAUGGAUCUAGCCACAAUAAAGGCCGCUACAGAUGACUUCUCAAGUUCAAACAAGCUCGGGCAAGGGGGGUUUGGUACUGUCUACAAGGGUUUGCUUUCUGAUGGAAAAGAAGUGGCAGUUAAAAGGUUGUCAAGGAAGUCUUGGCAAGGUCUCGAGGAGUUCAAGAAUGAGGUCAUCUUGAUUGCAAAGCUCCAGCACAGAAAUCUAGUAAGACUUCUAGGAUGCGGCAUAGAGGGAGAUGAGAAGCUGCUUGUAUACGAGUUCAUGGCUAACAAAAGCCUCGAUAUCUACAUCUUCGAUUCAGACCAACGUGCACAGCUUGAUUGGUACACGUGCAAUUAUAUUAUUGAUGGAAUUGCUAGAGGAUUAGUUUACCUGCAUGAGGACUCGAGACUGAGGAUUAUUCACAGGGAUCUGAAGCCUAGCAAUGUUCUGCUGGAUCAUGAAAUGGUUGCCAAAAUAUCAGAUUUUGGGAUGGCCAGAAUAUUUUGCGAAAACCAAAGUUCAGCUAAUACAAGAAGAGUUGUAGGAACAUACGGUUAUAUGGCCCCGGAGUAUGCAAUGGGGGGACUGUUCUCUGUGAAAUCAGAUGUGUUCAGCUUUGGCGUAAUUUUGCUUGAGAUCAUCAGGGGAAAACGGAAUAGCGGAUUUUAUCUUACAGAACAGGUUCAGACACUUCUUGCAUAUGCGUGGAAACUAUGGACUGAAGGAAAAGAGCUGGAACUCGUGGAUCAUUCUUUAGCAGAAUCAGGCCAAGCAGCUGAAAUAGUCAGGUGCAUUCACGUCGGCCUUUUGUGCGUCCAGGAAGAUCCUGAAGAUAGACCGACAAUGUCAGAAGUAGUGACACUUUUAGGAGGUCAAAAAGGAACUCCUCCGGAACCCAAAAAACCAGCUUUUUGGGUUGGUAGAGCUGCCCAAGAACUCGAUCAAUCCUUGGCACCUAAUCUUUCAGCCAAUGACAUAACUGUUUCCAGUAUCUCACCUAGGUGAACAAGCACGUAUUCCAGCUAAUUAAGGUUCCAUUUGCCCAUGGUUGUAAAAUUUCAUGUUGAAAAGAGGAACUUGUCAUGUUUGGAAGAAUUACUCUGCUCAUGAAAAUCACUGUAUAAACAAUCAAGAUUAUGGCAUAUGGAGAAGGUUGAUUUGGUAAG